AUGCACGGUAAACUCUACGUUUUACUUGCGAUACUAUUUGUUGUGAUUAUUGCAUCGGUAAAUGCCGAUCAAUCUGCAAAAAAGGAUAAUGUGUCAACCAAACCAAAGAAAACCGUAGUUUUCAAAGACAAUGAUCAAGAUAAAGAAGGUGAAGUAUCCAGCGAAGAAGGUGGUGAAAGCGAAGAAUCCACAGCACAGGAUUCAAAACUUCAACCGGAAAAUCGAAAAUAUAUACGCGUACAAUUCCCAUCUGAACAACCACAAUCGCCGUUACCAGUACCAACUAGUUCAAACUCAAAUAACGGUUUUACAUGUAAUGGAUUACUUGAUCCACAAUAUCCUAUUUUUUCGGAUAUGUGCGGUGCUGUACCUCAAGCUCGAUAUGCUUUACCAAAUACAUUUGGUCAUAAUGAUCGUUGGCAAAUAGCUCAUAUUUUAACGACUUUAAUGAGUUCAACAACAGAUGCAUCUUGUAUUCGUUCAUUACGUCAUUUAUUAUGUCCAAUGCUUUUUCAACCAUGCCGUGUUCGUCAUGAACCUCCACUUGUUCUUCCUUGUCAAUACUAUUGCCGCGCUGUUAAAUCCCAAUGCGGUAUACCUGCGCUUGAUGUUAUUCCAUGUGAAUCACUUCCAUAUGCAUCUGAUUAUUGUCCAAAUCUUCCACUAGCCAGCUCAUCUCCUUCACCACCUGCUCCUGCUGCUACUACCAAUCAACCACAAGCACCUGGUCCAGCUCCACCACAAACAGAAAGAUCCUUACCAUCUGCUACUGCCAAACCAACUACACAACAAUCAACUCAACCAGCUCAACAAUCUGCUGGUCAAUAUGUGUAUCCUUUACCUACACAUCAAUAUCAAAUAGGUGCAAAAUAUGUACCACCAUAUUUGCCAGUCAAAACUCCAACUGCAGCUGAUUAUUACGCAGCCAAUUUAGCACGUUAUCAAACUGUUCCCCCUGCACAACCCAUCAAACAAUAG